CACAUAUAUACUUCAUACCUAAUAAAAUGUCUACUCCUAUUAUUAUUGGGUUUGCUGUUGCUGGUGCUGCCACCGCUGGUCGACUUGGUCUUAAAGCUUUUCAAGAAUAUCAAAAGUUACCAAAAUCAGCCAAGGCUCCUCGCAUGUCGAAAUAUUACAAGGGAGGUUUUGAUGCCAAGAUGAAUAAACGAGAAGCUGCCUUGAUUCUAGGAUUAAGGGAAUCACAAGCAAAUAAGGUCAAGAUCAAGGAAGCUCACCGAAAGAUCAUGUUAUUGAACCAUCCUGAUCGUGGAGGAUCUCCUUAUCUUGCGACAAAAAUCAACGAAGCAAAGGAAUUCUUGGAAGGCAAGGCCAAAAAGUAGCUAGUAGUAGAUAAUCCCACUUUUUUAUUAUAUACAAUUAUAUACAAUCCCACCCUUUUCUAUAGAUAGAUCUUUUAAAACCGUUUUCCAUCCAUUUUGUAUUCUAUUCCCUCUUCAUCCAAUUUUUGUUUAUACAGACAAUUUUUUUUAUUAUUCAUAUAUCAGAAUAAAGAUAUGAU